CUCGCCCCUGGCCCUGCGUCUCAUCGCCGUCCUCCUUGUCCCCUUCCCUCCCCUGCGUAUCCACUUUGCGUCGAGCCUCUGGCUCAAGGACUCAAGAGUUGCACCGCCCUUGAAGUGGACGGCGAACCGUGCAGAGGGCGUUGGGGCCUUGCAUCGACUUCAAGCCGGACGGGGGAGAUAUGGAUCAUGAAGAGGCUGUGCAUGCGAUGAUAAGCGACUUGCUGCACCAGGGGGCAGGUAUCAAGAAAAUUCACAGAAUAGUCACGGGCGAUCCCGAAUUGGGACCAGUUGGACUGAAGAAAGUGGAGCGUCUAAUGAAGGAUUUGCGCGCAAAGGCUGCUGAUGUUACUCAGGCCAAGAGCCACGAGACAGAAGCUAGGGAACGACGCGCUGAUGUCGUGCGCCAUUGCCAAGAAGCUUUGGAUAUUGCAAUAAAGCCAAACAGAGGUUUCGGUGGUGGCUUGAUGCAUGUCGAAGCUCCGAGCAUUUCGAUCAAGCUUGCAUCGGGAAGCAUUCGUCCAGGAUUUCGUCAAAUGGACCCUUCCGACCAAUUCGAGAUAGCUUCGGUCACCAAAACGUUCGUCGCUGCCUUACUUCUGCGUGUGAUUGAAUUGAAUAUGUUGCCACUGCAUCCAGGCGUUGAUCCUGCGAACGCUGGUUUGGAGGCUGAGUUGUCAAUGAUCAAUGGUCUCAGCGAGAAGCUUUACUGCAACAUGGUCAUGGAUUCGGAAGGUGUGGACCGGUCUUCGGAGGUAACUCUGCGCAUGCUUCUCAGCCAUCGAAACGGAUUUGUAGACCAUUGGGAUUCUGAGAAGAUUGAGUUUGUAACGGAUGAGAUUUAUGGAGACGAAAACAAGAACAGAUUGUGGAGCGUGCAGGAAACAAUGGACCAGUUGCGGAAACAUAUGAGAAAGGCUGGCGUAACAGGAAAAUGGCGAGGUAAUGAUUUCAGCAAGCUCUGUUCCGGCAAAUGUUAUAAGUAUACGGACUCCGCAUAUGAGAUCAUAGGUCAAGUCAUUGAGGUGGCAACUGGCAUCACUUUGAGAGAAGCAUUCAGGAAGUACAUAUACGAGCGCGUAGGAAUAGAUUACCCCGACAUGUAUCAAACAUGGCGGGAAGGGCCCGAUGAGGGUCUCGAGAAUAGAGAUCGUUGUGGAAAUCCGAGCCUCAGCUACCGGUACGAGCGAGAUUGGCCAACUUGCUUGACUGAGGAUCGCCGGCAGUCAAUCGAGUAUGCGAGUGGUGGUUUCGUCAGUGACACAGCAAGCUUGCACAAGUUCAUUCAGUCCUUGUUCUCGGGAUGCUUCUUCGAUGACCCGAAGUGGCUGAGCGAAAUGCGCACCUUCCUUCCGACGGACUGCGGAGAUAUCAGUUAUGGUCUAGGGUUCAUGCGCAUUCGCAUUGGCAACACGGAUCUGUUGGAGGGGCAUUUGGGCCAUGGAAAUGUUUUCAUGUUCGCACAUGUCGGUAAUCGUGGUGUUGCGAGUGGCGUUUUUCUGGCAGGCACCCUGAAUUUUCAGGACGACGAAGAAACCUGCGAGGUCGGAUACAACGAUGGUUCGAAAGCUUCCGUGUGUGAGGCGGGCCGGGCUUUCGUGCUGAUCCAGAAGAUUUUGAAGAUCCUCCGGAAGGGAAAGUUCGUUGAUUGAUUUGGUUCAGUUGUUGUCUAGGGUGCAAUGUGGGUCUUCGGGGUCAUCAUCCUGCCUAUGUUGUACUCUUGCCGCGCUCGCUCCGCUUCGGCCGUGCACGCUACGCAUCGAAGAAAAACAAGCACUGCCCGCGUUGGCCAUCGCCCCUCGCCCCCCCCCCUUUUCCCCCCC